CGAGCAACUGCGACCACGACCCAACGAGAAUACCUGACAAACAGGUGCCAGGGACCUGCCAACAAGCUCGAGUGCGGCUUUCUGUUGACUGCCAUCGAGCCACCAAGCAUCGAAUCGCCCCCACUUGCAGUCACCGCCCGACCAACAAACAAAGGGGUUCCGCCGCGAAAACGAACCGAAACGACCAGCAGCAAGAGCAUCAUGACGGACUCGCUGCACAACGCGCCAAUUGUCCUGGACAAUGGCUCCGGUACGAUCCGUGCCGGUUUCGCAGGCGACGACCUGCCCAAAUGCUACUUCCCCUCGUUCGUCGGUCGGCCCAAGCAUCUGAGAGUUCUCGCCGGCGCGCUCGAGGGCGAGGUCUUUAUCGGACAGAAGGCGGCAACGGAGCUCAGAGGCCUGCUGAAGAUCAGGUACCCGCUGGAGCACGGCAUCGUCACGGACUGGGACGAUAUGGAAAAGAUUUGGGAGUACGUCUACGGCGAAGGCCUCAAGACGCUCAGUGAAGAGCAUCCCGUCCUCUUGACCGAACCACCCCUCAACCCUCGCAGCAAUCGCGACACAGCGGCUCAGAUCCUCUUCGAGACCUUCAACGUCCCGGCACUGUACACAUCAAUCCAAGCCGUCCUAUCAUUAUACGCUAGCGGCCGGACAACCGGUAUCGUUCUUGACUCGGGUGAUGGAGUGUCACACGCAGUGCCAGUUUACGAGGGUUUCGCCAUGCCGAGCAGCAUCAGGCGGAUAGACGUGGCAGGACGCGAUGUGACCGAGUACAUGCAAAUGCUGCUGCGGAAGAGUGGCUACGUCUUCCACACCAGCGCCGAGAAGGAGGUUGUGCGGCUCAUCAAGGAGUCUGUAACUUAUGUCGCUCACGACCCCAGGAAAGAGGAGAAGGAGUGGGCAAACAGGACAGAUCCGGCCAAGGGCGUGGAAUACGUUCUUCCGGACGGUCACAAGCUUAAAAUCGGUGCGGAACGGUUCAGAGCACCCGAAAUCCUCUUCGACCCAGAAAUCAUCGGCCUCGAGUACCCCGGUGUGCACCAAAUUGUCGUUGAUGCCAUCAACAGGACGGAUCUCGACCUGCGCAAGUCGCUCUACAGCAACAUUGUACUCUCUGGCGGCAGCACGCUGACUAGGGGCUUUGGUGACCGUCUGUUGACGGAGCUGCAACGGCUGGCCGUCAAGGACAUGAGAAUAAAGAUUUUUGCGCCGCCAGAACGCAAGUACUCGACAUGGAUCGGUGGAAGUAUUUUGGCUGGUCUCAGCACUUUCCGAAAGAUGUGGGUGAGCAUCGACGACUGGCAUGAGAACCCGGAAAUCAUUCAUACCAAGCUUACGUGA